AUGGCGGGGUAUGGAGAGGGGCUUGACCCGUAUACGACCCUGAACACCCCCACCAUCCUCCGCACCCGGGACAUCCCAUGGGACAUAUACAUGACGGCCCGGCUCAUCUCCGACCGGGAGCUUCAGUUCCUGAGGCGAUAUGACAAGAAGGAGCCCACAUACCAGACCAAGCUCCUGAAAGAGGCAAGGAACGGCGGCAAGCUGUAUACAAAUGCCUUCCUGACCGUACUGAAGAACGUCACCAAGGACGAGACCCUGCAGUAUGUCCUGGCGCUCAUCGACGACCUGCUGGACGUGGACCCCUCUCACGUCGCGCUGUUCCUGCCGCCCGGGGCCGAGGAGGACCAGCCAUAUGUUGAGCCGUACCCCAUCCUUCUCCGGCUGCUGCAGCGCCCCGACUGGUUCACGCAGGAGAAAGCGGCGCGCCUGCUGACCGCCAUCCUGGCCAGCCAGCUGCGGCCCAGCGCCGCGGCACAGACGCUGGACGUGUCGGCGGCCAGCCCGGCCGCCUCCGCCCUCACCGCCUUUGUGGACUGGCUGUGCGCGCAGCUGCGGCGACCCACCCACCCGCUGCUGGGCGUGCCGGCCGCGGCGCACUGCCUGGGCGUGCUCCUGCGCGACCCCGGCGUCAGGCCACUGGCCACGCGCGCCGGCGCGGCGGGGCUGCUGGGCGCGCUGGUUCGCGUGCCAGCUGGCGGCGUGAUCCAGAACCCCCAGCUCCUGUACGAGGCCAUGCUCGGCACUUGGCAGCUGUCCUUCCACAAGCCUGCGGCCGACCUCUUGGCCAACACCGCCACGGUGGGGGGCCUGGUGGACGCAGUGCGCGUGGCGCAAAAGGAGAAGCUGGUCCGCGUGGCGCUGCUGGCGUUGCAGAACCUGCUGGCGCACGGCCCUGCCGGCUUGGAGUUUGCCAUCGUGGACAAGGGCCUGCGCCGGGUGCUGGAGGUGCGCGCGACGCAGAGCUGGGACGACGGCGACGUGCCGGAGCUGCUGGCGGCGCUGGGCGCCUCGCUGGAGCGCGGCGUCUGCGAGCUCUCCUCGUUUGAGCGCUACCGGCGCGAGCUGCUGCUGGGCCAGCUGGCCUGGGGCCCGCUGCACACCGCCGACGACUUCUGGGCGCAGAACGCGGAGCGCCUGGCCGAGGGCAACGGCCAGCUGCUGCGCGUCCUGCUCAAGCUGGUGGAGUCGUCGCGCGACGCCACCACGCUGGCCGUCGGCUGCAACGACGUGGCGCGCUUCGUGGCCGCAUACCCGCACGGCCGUGGCAUCGUCACCGAGCUGCGUGGCAAGGAACUGGUCAUGCGCCUCAUGGUGCACCCCGACCAGGCCGUGCAGCGCCAGGCGCUGGCCUGCGUGCAGAGGAUCCUGCUGUCCAAGGACCACGCCUCCGCCCUGGUGGCGGGCGUGGGUGCGUGA